AUCCCCUGGCUUUAGGAGAACAUACUGCGAGUCUCUGUGCUCGGUUUAAUCACUGAUUCGGAUGUAAAAAAAGGUGGAGCUCAAGUGUGGAAAUGAACGAUUCUUCAGACAGAAGUGUAUAUUAUGAGCACAUCUUUACAAAUGGAACAUGGACAACAGUAUUAAAGCCCGUCAGUGCAGCUGGAGAUGAAUCCACAGAAAUAAUUAUCAAGGAAAUAGCAAUGGAUCAAGUUGACUCACUUGCUGACUUUAGCAUGUCAAAAAGAAUAGAUACUCAUGAAGGCAUUGUGGAACUGCCUGAGAAUGUGACAUCUCAUGAUGUUGAAGUUGAUGGAAAUAAAUCUAACACCAUCCUGAAAGGUCAUCAGAAUGCCAGUGUGAAUCCAAAUGACCAUAUGACAUCAAAGAAUCAAGAGACUGAUGUACCUGAGUAUAGCGUGGAAAAGGGUGGAAAUACAGAACCGACAAAUAUGCAAUUCCAGGAUGAGUCACCAUCGCUGGAACCCAACAGGAUUGACGUAGAUCACUCAGAGGUGACACAAAUGAUGUACAGAGGUGGCAUGUCUAACGAGUUGUGGGUUGAUGCUUUGGAUGAGUGGGGACAUCUUCCAGCCAACUGUCCCACCUUAGCAUCUUCAGAUAACACAAGAACCUCAAAAAUGGGAGCUAAUAUUGGUUCCUUGGAACUGCCUACUAUUGAGCGCUGGUCAUCUUCUGACAGCUGGGCCAGUGCUUUAUCAGACUGGUUCCAGUCUGUUAGUGUCCUUCCAGAAGAUUAUCCCACGAUGAGAAGUCCUGAGUCUCGGCAUCCGUUCUCCAUGGCCAUCCAGGACAUGAUCAAGGAGAAGGCCACAGGCCCGGAAAGCUCCUUAGGAGUAAGAGAUGGGGAUUCUGAGUGUAAAAUGCUGAUAAAAAACUCCACUAGUCCGCCAAUAGACAUGCCUUUUGUACGCAAGGAGGAGAGAGAAAAUAGCCUUUACACUAAUUUAGAUAUGACCAAGACUCAGGAUUUAUCAGAAGCAAUGGAAGGAGAGACAGAUUCAGGUUUACAGGAAGAGGCAGAAGUGUCUCGGAAUGAUUGCACAGAAGGAAGACUGGAAAACAAGUGUGCCUGUGUAUCCAAGCAGGGAAGCAAUGCACUCUGGGAAGUAACUGAAGACACAGUCUUUGAGGAGGAAGGUGAAAGGAAUCAUGGUGCCUUGAGUUUCUCGUGUUACCCCAACACACCAGAGUCAGAGGUUCAUCUCCUCACCAGCUAUGAAGCAGAGAACCUUCCAUGCAUGCAAGAUGUGAACAAGCGUGAUGCGGUACACAUUAAAGACAGCCGGUCAUGUGUGUUUCCUAACACAGGAGAGGUGGAUUUUAUUAUGCCGCUUACUCCGAUCACUCUUGGAACGUCAUUCCUCCGGUUGAAAGAGGAUCCAGGUGAAAGGACAUCCUUAAAGCCAUCCCUUGCUGGGAUCAAUGAGGCAAUUGGACCAGAUCUGACACCAAGAACCAGUGGAACAUCCACAAGUGAGUCAUCAUCAGAGAUCUCAAAGAUACCUGGUGAUCAGGGUCCAGCUUCAUCAUCUUCUGAAGACACAAAGUACAAAACAGAGGCCAGUGAUGUCAGCUCGCAAAUUCAGAGGCUGAUCUUACCCACAGGGGAGCAUUUAAUGAUCUGUGAGGAAAAGCACAUAGCGUACGUGACUUUAGACGUCGAGGACAUUCUGAGCUUUAAGAACCACCCUGAGGAUCUGUCAGCUAUAAAACAAGUAAGCUGUGAUGUGACACAAAGUUGUGAAAGAGACUGCAAGAUGCCUCAUAAAACUCAUAAAUCGUCAGCUGAGAACAAGACACGCUCCAAUAAACACAAGGACAAAACGAACAACAACCAGCAGCUUGGCUGUCAAACCAAGAAACGAGAGAACGUGAGAUCAGAAUCACAUGUUGAAGAGUCUGGAGGCGCAGAGGAAAGCACAGUGACCAUGAUCGAGACUAUUGUUAUAACAGAGAAGGUUACAUCCAGAUCUCAGGGGAAGAAGAAAAAGAAGCACGGAGUACCAAAGGUUGAAAAUGAGCCACUGCUCAAAGUGGAAAAUGGAACAAAACCAAAAAACACGAAGCCUAAAAAUGAAACAGCAACAAAGCAACUGAGCAAGGUGCAAGAGAAACUCGCAAAAUAUGAGGCGAAGGAGUCGAACGAGAACGAUAAAGGAACUGAAGGAAAAACAAAACCAGGUACAGAAACAUCAAGCAUGUGUCUGCCUGGUGCACUGGAGGAUGACAUCGUCAAACGCAGACGUAUAUCUGGGGACAAACCUGGAUCCAUAUCGAUUAGGACGAGGCCGCAGCUUCCUGCUGUUUUCCAGCAGAAGAAAAAGGAAGAUGUGGUGAAACAGAAAAUUCAGACACCUAAAGAAGUCCCACGUGUCAUAUCUGAAAUUGAAGCAGCCCCAGUCGUUGAUGAUCCUCAGAGCAUUUCGCUGUGGUGCUCCUUCAGUCCCAUCAUGGUCGAUUCCUCCAUCGUGUGGGUGAAAGAAGGCGCAACACUGCAUGAGGAAAAGAGAAAAGUGGGAGAUGACGCUCGGGUCUCUCUGUUGGUUCUGAAAGCCUGCAGUAAGGAUUUGGGUUUUUAUCGCUGUACUCUGGUCAGUGCUCUGGGUUCAGUGUCCACCUCAGACUAUCACCUCACAUCAGAAGUGCUCAUGGAACUCAUCAUCCCGAACCAUGACACACCAGCCGAGCGUAAAGUGAUAGACGGGGAGGAAGAGGAUGUAUCUUGCAGUCCUCUGCUCUUUAAGGACGACAUCCUGACUGAUCAGUAUUUUGGAGAGCAGCAGCACACGAGCAUCGUGACUGAGAAGACUCACUUUGGGGAGGGAAUGCACCGAAAAGCGUUCAGGACAAUGAUGCGCACCGGCAUGAUGCCAUUGUUCGACCCUGGACACGCCUGCGUGCUCAAAGUGCACAGCUCCAUUGGCUAUGGCGUGCAGAACAAUGAUGAGGUCAUUCAGAAGAACUACAACCUCGCUGUGGAGGAGUGUUAUGUGCAGAACACAGCCAGAGAAUACAUCAAAGCCUACACCAGCGUGGCCAAAUCUGCAGAGUCCUUCGGAGAAACUCCUGAGAUCAUCCCUAUUUUCUUGGUGCACCGUCCAUCUAACUCCAUCCCAUAUGCAACACUGGAGGAGGAACUGAUCGGAGAUUUCGUAAAAUACUCUGUAAAGGAUGGGAAAGAGAUCAACCUGAUGAGGAGAGACUCCGAGGCUGGACAGAAAUGCUGUGCUUUCCAGCACUGGGUUUACACACAGACUGAUGGCAACCUGCUGGUUACUGAUAUGCAGGGUGUAGGUAUGAAGCUGACAGAUGUUGGAAUUGCCACCUGCAAAAAAGGUUAUAAGGGCUUUAAAGGAAACUGUUCCACAUCGUUCAUCGACCAGUUUAAAGCUCUUCAUCAGUGUAACCGCUUCUGCGAGCUGCUCGGCCUCACGUCAUUGCAGCCUAAAGCCAAACGGACUGCCCCCCCCAAACCACAACCCCCUGCCAGGAAAAAGCCUUUUGGCCCCACUCUCAAGGGCAAAUCCUGAUUGGAUGCCAGCCCUCAACAGAGGGCACUGUGCAUAAACACUGUGAUCAUAGUAAAUCUGGAAGUUAGUUUCAGAGACAUUAUAUCAUGCGAUCUUUUUGACCUCUAGGAUUUUUUUUUAGUUCUUAUAAGUUUUAUGUACUGUUUUUUUUUCAUUUGCAGUUGAUAUACUGCUAUGCCAUAUAUAGAUGAUAUAAUACUGUGCCAAAUGCUAAUGUUAUAUUACUGUCAUGUAUUGAUGAUAUACUGCGACAUAAUAUAUUGAUCAUAUACUCCUGUUUCAUAUGCAAAUGAAAUACAGCUGUGCCAUAUACUGAUAUACAGCUGCGUCAUAUGCUGAUGAUAUACAACUUCAUCAGAUGAUGAUAUACAGCUGUGUUGUAUAGUGAUGUUAUACUGCUGUCUCAUUGUUUGCUGUGCGUUAGGAAAAGUAAUGAAUUUUGCAAGUCAGUGUUAUCCAUAAAUCCAACAAGCUGCAUAUUAUCAUACUAUCAUUCAGGAACAAUUUAUCCAAAAAAUACAGUAAAACAGUUCUCAUAUUGGAUGCAUUGGAUUUUUGGCUGAACUGUUCCUUUAAUCUCAUUCAGGAAGUUUCAGUGAACAUGUGAAUUAUCCUUGAAGUAAGUGUUAAAUUGCAUGAAGCAAACAAUGUACUGUAGUUAAUAUUUCUAUUCAUUUUGUUAUACAAAAUACUAUUUAAGAGUGUAUAUAUUUUUCUAAUGGUAACCCACUGAACAAAGUACCUUUUGUACAAUCUUUUUUUUUUGAGAGAGUGAGGUAGCUUGGGGAAAGUGGCAUGGUGGUGAAUGGUUAUAAAAACAUCUCCUGCUGAGUGAUAAAGCCAGCUGUCCUCCUGCCUCAGAAAGAAUGUGAACCUCAGCCAGGUUUCCAGAGACGCCUGUCACUCUGAAACGUUAUACACACGCCUGCCACGUGUAACAGAUCAUACUGAUUUAAAGCAGCAUUUAUUUACAAUUUGUGCAAGUUUCGUGAUCUUUAUGACAAAUCUGGUCGAGGAGAAAACAUGCUUGUGUGUUGAAUUGAACUGUAGACCUUUGAAUAAUUCGCAUACAUUAAAUCUUUGGAUUUUUCUUGUUUUACUUAAACUCAUUGAAACAGAGCUCAGGACAUGCAUAGAUGCAAAGCAAGAAUUAUAAAUGAGAUCACCACUGGAUAAAAAUGUUUUGAACAGUUUUGCUAUGAAACAAGCAUUAAAUAUCCUC